UUGGUUGUUCAUCAACUAAGCUAUACCAACGACUUCGCCCUACCCAACCAGUCCAUAGAGGUCAUCAGUCUUUGUGAUGCUUCCGAGCGCCAUAGAAAACACCCUCGAGAACCCAUCGAAUCAAGUUCGACAACACCGCAAGGACCGAUCCCCAAGCUCAUCCACCAAGUUUGGACAACUCGGAACGUCAGCACUUACUCUGUCCAAGCCUCCUAUGAGACGUGGAAGAAUACGAUGGAGCCCCUCAACUAUACCGUCAAACUAUGGACAGACGAAGAUGUCCUCGAACUGAUAAAGACAAGGUACUCUUGGUUACUAUCGACGUACGAGGGUUAUGCCCAGAAUAUCCAACGAGCCGACGUAGCGAGACUGGUUGUCGUCCAUGCAGAGGGGGGCAUCUACGCAGACUUAGAUGUCUACCCGAGAUCGACGGAAGAGAUGUCUUGCGUACAAAGCCUCGGCUUACAGGCUAUCUUUGCUCCAACAUCGGGCACUCUUGGACUCAGCAACCACUUCUUCAUGGCAGAGCGUGGUUCCUCCUUUCUCGAAUGGGCUCUUCAAGAAGCCAAGCGACGCGGCGGUCCGACCUCGAAACGAAUUCUCCUACCCUACCUCCAGGUGUUCUGGUCAACGGGCCCAAUAAUGGUGACAUAUGCGUUCCAUCAAUACGCGUGGAUGUACAGCCCAGUACAUCACGGUGUGGAGCUGCUGGAUGAGGGAUACGCCCGAAAGUUGUUUGGCCAUGCGGCAGGGCGCUCGUGGCAUGGUUCAGAUGGGCAUUUCUUAAACUAUGUCUCAGACCACUUGGGAACUGUGUUGUUCUGGGUUACUGUGUGCCUAUCGGUGCUUUCUUUGGUGACUGUCAUU